AUGCCGUCGGAAGAAGCCAGAAGACCUCCAGUCAGAAAAUUCACGGAUGCAAAUGGGAGGAAAUACUUGGUAAGGGAACCUGCGUACUCAACCCCAAGACGACCAGAAAGAAACCCGCCUAGAUAUGAGGAACGCGAGCCGCGACAUGAAUCGGGACGGCGGCAGAGUGUGAUGUCUGGGCCCACCCACGAAGAGCGGCGACCUUCAAGGAACGCGUCCCAGCAGCAAGAGGCCUCCCACUCACAGCGUCGCUCACAGCACCAAGAGGGUUCCCGGAGAGCUGAGGGUUCUGGAGGUGCUCGCCGUCCGUACUCCGAGGGAGCAGCCCGGGAGUCUCGAUCCGACGGAGGAUACCACCACAGUCAGAGACGUUACACUCAAAACACCUACCACGAAGACAGUGGCCGUGCUGCUGCUGAGCGAGAAGCCGAGCGCGCGAAACGACAAGCCAAAAAGCAGAAGUACAUCAAGUGGCUGAUGUUCUUCAUCUCAUGA